AUGCAUAAUCUUGGCGGACUCCCACCUAGUCUGGUACUUGUGCUGGGCACAGUGCUAGGAGCCAUAGCCUACGUAUACCUCAAAGGUUACUUUAUUCGUCGCCAGUUUGCACGCGCCCACGGUUGUCAGCCAGUAGCGAGGUCUGCCAACAAAGAACCUUUCUUCGGGCUUGAUAUGAUACCGGGGACUAUCCGGGCGCUGAGAGAAAACAGAAUCAUUGCAAGAACCCCGGAGUUUUAUCGCCUUUAUGGCAAUACACAUACGGUCAGGGGCCUAUUUGCGCAGCAGAUAGCGACUAUUGAGCCAGAAAACAUCAAGACAGUUCUAUCGCUUAAUUUCAAAGACUAUAGUCUCGGAUUUCGUCUCCCUUCCUUCAAACCACUUCUAGGAGAGGGUAUUUUCGACACAGAUGGCGAACAAUGGGCCUCAUCACGCGCUCUGAUUCGGCCUAGUUUCACUCGUGACCAGGUGGCAGAUUUGACGACUCUUGAGAAUCUGAUUCAAGAUCUUUUCGCGCUACUGCCGCGCGAUGGGAGAACCGUUGAUUUGCAGGAAUUAUUCUUCCAAUACACCAUUGAUUCCGCGACGGAAUUUCUUUUCGGUCAGUCGGUUGGGACGUUGAAGAAGUCGCAGUCGGAGCAGUCGGAGCGCGGCUUUGCUGAGGCAUUUUAUAAUGCCCAGAAGGCUAUUUUAACGCGUGGUAUACCGUUUCCGCUGAAACUAUUCUUCUCUCACAAUGAGGCUGAGGCCGAGAGAUAUAAUCAGAUCUGUCGGACAUUUGUUCAACAGUUUGUCGACGAAGCCUUUCAAGCUGUCGAGCUUAAAAAGCCCGAGACCGAACAAUCGGACUCUGAGACAAAGCGACGAAAGCAUAUUUUCUCGCAUGAGCUCGCAGCACGAACCACUGACAGAACUCGCGUUCUUGACGAAUUGAUGAACGUUCUAUUAGCAGGGCGCGAUACUACUGCGAGUCUGCUCAGUAAUUUAUUCUUUGUCCUGGCCAAGGACCCAACUAUCUGGGAGAAGUUGCGGAGAGAAGUCGCAUUUUUGGAGGGUCGACCACCGACAUACACAGAGCUGAACAACAUGAAAUACGUCCAAUGCUGCAUGAAUGAAUCACUACGUUUACACCCAGUCGUGCCACGCAAUCAGCGCGAGGCAAUUCGAGAUACCGUCCUGCCCGUCGGCGGAGGUAAAGAUGGUCUCUCGCCAGUAUUCGUACCGAAAGGAAUCUUCGUGUCUUACAAUGUAUACGCGAUGCAUCGACGAGCGGACAUUUAUGGACCAGAUGCAGAAGUAUUUCGUCCAGAGCGCUGGGAAGAUGGAAAACUGCAACCUCGUUGGGGAUACUUGCCAUUCAAUGGUGGUCCGCGUAUCUGCAUAGGUCAAAGAUAUGCCUUGACCGAAGCCGGAUACGUUGUUGUUCGGAUGGCUCAGCAAUUUCGCGUGCUGGAGAGCCGAGAUCCUGGGCCAUGGGAGGAGUCAAGAGGAUUGACUGUUACCUCCCGAAAUGGAACUAAGGUAGCUCUCACAGCUGAUUGA